AAAUAGACGCAUUAAAAAAAAAAAAAUGAAAAAACAAUAUAGAUAUGAUCUUUUAUCCUAUAACUCUAUUAAUUAUACGGAAAAUAAAGACUCAUAUAUUUAUGGAUAUAGAUCAUCAUUCCACGCAAAUAAAAAGCAAGCGAUUUCUUCUAAUUACAACACGCAUAAAAAAAAAUUAUUUGAUAUAAUGAGUAAUAUCUCUAUGAAGAAUUAUACAGCGGAAGAUGCUAUUAUAGAUAUGGAAAAAAAUCUGGAUAGAAAGUAUUUUGAUUGGAUGGGAAUAAAUGUAGAAAUACUAAAUCGUUCCAUAUCGAGUACGAAAUUUUUUUUCGUUUCAGAAUUUUUGAUAUUUUCUAAUGCAUAUAAAUAUCAAAAUAACCCGCGGAUCAUACCAAUCAAAUCACUUUUUUUCCAUUUUAAUAUAAAUAUAAAUCAAAAUGUUAGUGAAAAUCAAAAUAACAUUACUGAAAAGAAAAGAAUAAUAGAUAUUUUUAGACCAUCGAAAAAAAAGAAAUCUCCGGAAUUCGAGUUAGAGACUCAAAAUCGAGCAAAAACAGAAUGCGCGGGUCGAGUAAAUCUUGAAUCAUCUCCCUCAAACCAAAAAAAAGAUAUUGAAAAAAAAUUUGCGGAAUUGGACAGUAAAAAGGAUGGUAAGGGUAUAAAGAAAAAGAAAGACAAGAACAAGAUGAAGGCUAAACUAAAUUUCUUAACAAGAAUUUUUUUUACUUUUCAUUUGGACUGGAAGAAUUUCUUAGGUAAAAGAAUAUUAAAUAAUGUCAAAGUAUACUGUCUCCUGAUUAGAUUGAAAAAUUUAAGAGAAAUUGCUAUAACCUCUAUUCAAAGGGAAGAACUAGAUCUAAAAAUUAUGCUGAUUCAAAAUCAUAAGGAUUUCACUUUUCCAGGCUUGAAGAAAAAUGAAAAUACAAAAUUUAUGAAAAACGAAUUUUUUAUUAUCAAACCAGUUCGCCUGUCUAGAAAAAACAAUAAACAAUUUUUUAUGUAUCAAACCAUGGGUAUCUCAUUAAUUCGUAAGAGUAAGUACAAAAUGAAUCAAAAAUACUCCGAAAAAAGUAAUGUUGAUAAGAAAAAUUUUGAAAAAUACAUUACACGGACAAGAGAUCCAAAAAUAACAGAAAAAAAAAAAAAAAAAAUUAUAAUUUGCUUGUUCCUGAAAAUAUUUUAUCCGCUAGACGUCGUAGAGAGUUGAGAAUUGUAAUUUGUUUAAAUCCUAAGAAUAUAAAUAGUAUGCAUAGAAACACAAUAUUUUACAAUGAAAAUAAAGGUAAUAAUUUUUUGACUCAAAAACGAAAAGAUCUUGACAGAGAUAAAAAAAAACUAAUGAAUUUCCAAAUUUUUCUUUGGCCAAAUUAUAGAUUAGAAGAAUUAGCUUGUAUAAAUCGCUAUUGGUUUAAUACCCAUAAUGGAAGUCGUUUCAAUAUAGUAAGGCUACAUAUGUAUCCGCGAUUGAAAAUUCGUUAAUCGAAAUUUG